GAAAACCUCACCACUACCCUAGAGACAAAUGUCCAUUUCUACAUAAAUUUCCUCCUCUAUGCAGCCUACUCAACAAACACAAAACCUCACCCUCCCUCUCUAAAAAAAAUAGUCUUUUUUUAUCACUCAUUCAUCAUAAAACUCUUCUUGCUUCGAUCUUAGGCCUCACAGAUAUUGCACAGAACAUUAUGUCAACCUCUUAACAUGCACAAAAAAAGGGCAGAAAUAAAAAGCUCUUUUAUGGGUUUUUGAUAACUUCCAUUACCAGCGAAAGCACAUUCUUUUGUCUUCCUGAAAAUGGUAGAAACAAACAUCUUUGACUGUGGGUCGACGGAAUUGCUCUGUGAUGAAGAAACUCAAAACUCGAUCUUUUUCGAUGACGAUGAUCCUUUUGAAACUUCCGAUGACCGGGGCCAUUUAACGGACGGCGAUAAGGGUGGGGACGGAUCAGAAUCUGGGCCGUUUAUUUCUUGGCCGUGCCCGAGUGUAGAUUACAUUGGGUGGAUGGUUGAGAGAGAAAGUGCACACAUGCCCAGAGAUGAUUAUCUCAAGAGAUUGAGGACCGGGGAUUUGGAUAUGGGUUUGAGGAGACAGGCUCUUGAUUGGAUGAUUAAGGCUUGUGCCCACCACAAUUUUGGGGAGUUAUGUUUGUAUCUGGCUACAAAUUACUUGGAUCGAUUUCUAUCGGUGUAUAACAUGCCUGGAGGUAGAACAUGGGUUCUUCAGUUAGCAGCAGUAGCUUGCUUGUCAUUAGCAGCAAAAUUCGAUGAGGUUAACGUGCCUAAUUCCUUGGAUUUACAGGCAGGAGAACCAAAGUUUUUGUUUGAAGCAAAAACUAUACAAAGAAUGGAACUUUUGGUACUCAACUUCUUGAAGUGGAACAUUAAACCUUACACGCCAUUUAACUUCAUCGACUAUUUUCUUAGAAAGACGAGUGGCGAUGUCGAAGCCCAAUCAGGGCCGUUGAUCGCAAGAUCAAAUCAAAUCAUCCUGAGCACAGUCAAAGGUAUUGAUUUCUUGAAGUUCAAGCCUUCUGAAAUAGCUGCAGCAGUGGCUGUUUAUGUUUCAGGCGAAAAACGAGUGAUAGACAUUGAUAAGGCUCUGUCUAGUUUUCUCAUAAUAGAGAAGGAUAGAGUCUUGAAGUGCCUAGAAUUGAUUCAAGAUUUGAUAUCAAUAAGUGGGACUACCUAUUCUUCUUCUAGUAAAACCGCUAAAGCUACAAAUGUGGCUAAUGGUUCGACUGAAUCGCUAUCUGUUUGCCACAGUCCAAACGGGGUCUUAGAUGCCGCUUGUUUGAGCUAUAAAAGUGAUGAAAGAAAAAGAGUUGGUUCCGGUCCAACUCUUUUAGAGGCUAGUCCAGAUAAGAAAAGGAGGAAAAUGGACGAGAAAACGGAUUUUGGGGUGAUUCUUGAAAAUAAAGACAAUUGUUGAAAAAUGGGGCUGUUGCUUGUGGUGAAAAAUCAAAGAAGAAUUGCACCAAUGACUUACACAAACCACGUCAGAUGUGAAAUGUGGCACCAAAUACAAACACUUCAAGAAAAUUUUGGUAGCUGAAACAAGUGAAAAGGCCGAAUGUAAACUUUAUGGGGAAAUGGCCUUUUGUCACUGCAAAUGGACUGCAAUUUUCUAAAGUUGAACCUGAUAAAAUGUCCAGUCCCAACCUUCAGAAGCAAUUCUUCUGCACUGUGCCACCUGCUACUCAGCCUAGAACUCAAAUGCAGAUUUGAAUUGUGGUACCAAAAAGAACUUGUGCAAAGUAUAAAGAUUAUUGAUAAACUGCCAAAAACAUAAGGAAUGAUUGAAAUGAAGACCGUAUGCAUUAAAUAAUAAACUGCGUCGCAGUUAAGAGUUGAUUUGUUACGUAUUUGGUACAAAAAUAGGGUUUGUAACACUUAACAACCCCAAUCACAGGGCAAUGCUUUCCAAUCUCGAGCUAAUUUCCAAUUUUCUUGUA